AUGAUGCUUGUAACCCUCAUUAGCGAAGUAAGAGGAAAGCAAAAGCACGACCGUACUUUCAACGGCUGUGAACUGUCGUGGUUCUAUCGCUCUGUCAAGGCCUCAACACAGAAGUGCCCAAGCAAUGAUUCAGAGUGGCAUGAUCUUUACACCCAGCUGGCGCAGCUGCACCGCAUCGUUUAUGUCCUUGGCUCCUACUACGAUGCCAUCCUGACCCUUCCAGGCUUGGUCAAAUUUCUCAAGGAUAACGUCAAUGUAGGAUAUGCAAUCAAUGAUAUACGUAACCACACUAAUGAUAUACAUGAUGACAAUGAGUCUGAUGACAGAUCCGAUGCCCUCUCUGACAUCGGUGUUGAUGACCAUGAAGAUGCUGGAAAAUUUUUGAUGCGAUAUUUCCGUGCAAUCGUGGCUUGGAAUCAGGCCUAUGCAUGGCUAGACUCUUCCAAACUCUUCAGGUCAUUGAAAGGGAUUAUGUCCUUAAACAUUGUCAAGAUGCAGGUUCCAAGUGAGAAGUGCCAAGCAGUUACAUCAACCAGUGCUUUGUUGGAUGAGUUCACCGAUGACCCAGUUAUCCGAGAAAGUCUCCAGGAUUUGGAAAGGUUUGGUGGCAAAUUCACCGGGGAUGCCAACAAGAUCGGUGUGGCCAAAAAAUGUUGCUGGUUAUGCAAAGAGCUCGGCGAAGCAAUGGGACAGAAUAACCAAACAUUCAGCCUACCUGGAACAAGUGGUCUUGUUUUUUCAUGGGCACCUCCCACGGGCCUGGAUAUAGCCGUGCUACAACAGCUCGAGGACAGAUUGAAAAACAGACUCUUCAAGUAUCUUGAGAAGUAUGCAAAGCAAGCUUUGGAACAAGUGCAGAGCCAUCAGUUGUCACCUACCACCUCUGUUACGGACAUCACUUUGCCAGGCCAUCCAAUCACCAAGGAAAUAGGAUUGGGGUGGAGGCAUGAGCACAGCUAG